GUCAUCCAAUUGAGGUUAAUUGGUUAAUUAAAAGAUUCAAAAUUUUUAUAAAAUCCUGAAUGAAAACAUAACAUAUAAUGAAGUGGAAUAAUCUUUUGGCCUAUAUUUGUGUACGGGGUGAGAACAAAAAACACGACAGGUGCGCGGUCAUCAACCUACAUUGAUCUGUGCUGAGGUCGGCUGGCUGAGGUAAUCGCCCUGAUGUUAACAUUUCACCAUGUACGGUGGUGUAUUACACCAAAUAUGGACUAGAACGGAAUCAAUUUGAAUACUUUAACAAUUCAAGACCACGUAGGAAAUUAUUGCCUAAAACUGAGUUUCCUGUGAUGUGAUGUUACAAAAUCAGAUCCUAAAGCCUCGUGUGUGUACGAGGGUAUUUAAAAAUAACUUUUUUCAAGUUCAAAAUUUUCUUCAAGUUGUAAUUUGUCAAGCAUAUCAGUAUAUUUCUAAGUGUGGUUGAACUAAUUUAUUCAGUGUUCAGAGCCCAUAAUCUCUUGUCUGCCGUUAGAACCGUUGAAAAUGCAUAAGAAAGAAGAGAAUUUUGACCAGAAAAAACUGGAUUUGGAAGUAUGGCUUCAGCGAAUGGAAUCCAGAUUAGCUGGAAUGGCCCCUGUAGGCCAUACUGCUGACGUUUUGGAGGUACAACUGCGAGAGCAGAAAGGCUUGCAUGCAGAACUCCACCAGUUCAAAGCACAAAUAGAACAUUUUCAACAGUUGACUCAGAGAUUGAUUACAGCACAUCAACAUGAAGAUACAAGUCGUUACAAAAAGGCUGCCGAAUACAUAAACCAACACUACCAUCGACUAGAUGCUUGUAUUAUCAAUCGGGGAAAGCUCCUUCAUUCUGCUCUGAGUUCCCUUCAAAAUCUUGAUCGUUCAAUGGAUAAGUUUCUAGCAUGGCUCAGUGAAGCUGAAUCAGUUGUGGAGACUUUAGAAGGUGAAACUGAAUCAAGAAGGGCAGCUCAUCAGCUGAAGGAACUUCAGGUUGAUAUUGAAAGACAGGCACAGACACACCAGGCUUUGAGAAACUCGAGUUUGGCGCUUUUAGGCUCUCUUGCUCCUGAAGAUGCAUUAAUGUUGCAGUUGAGAGGAGAUGAAAUGGAAAGAAGAUGGCAAUCGAUUUGUACUAGAACCUCGGACCUUCGCAAUCGACUUGAACACAAUGCUGACUAUUGGAAUGCUCUUUUGUUAUCCCUACGGGAACUUACCGAAUGGGUUAUUCGAAAGGACACGGAACUUGGACUAGCGGCAAGGCAAGAUGACCACAGAGCUUUCAGGCAACAACUUGAAGACAAGAGGCCAUUAGUAGAGGCUAGUUUAAGAAGUGCCAGACAAUUUGUAGCUGGAGAUCCUUCUGGGGAGUUGGCAAGGAAUUUGAGGAGAGAGUUAGUCAAAUUGUCGGACAAAUGGAAUGCUCUCAUUGAUAAAAGUGAUCAGUUGGCUACAAGAUUUGAACAAAAUUCCAUUAAACUGAAGCAGCUCACUAUGAGCUUGGAAGAGGCAUCAUCUGCAGUAACACGACUUGAACGGGCUACGUUGAGUUGGAGUGGUCCGCGUAGUUCUGCUGAAGCAAGGGAGCUCCUUUGCAACCUCAGAACAUUAGAGCAACAAUUGCCAUCCUUACAGAGAUCUUUGGAAGAAGCCAGAAUACAAGCUGCAAAUAUAGGAAAUGCUCUGCCCAAUAACCUUUCCGCUCAACUAGAGGACUGUACUGCAAGGUGUAGGGCUCUUCAAGCAGCUAUAAGAGAGCGGAGGGAUCAGUUGACCAGUAGCACCCAAGGUGAGAUUUCUCCCGGACCCUCAAGUGUGCAGCCUCCUUGGGAACGGGCCAUCACUCCUAACAAAGUUCCCUACUACAUCAACCACAGUACUGAAACCACCCACUGGGACCAUCCUCAGAUGCUUGAACUCGCUGUUUGCCUGCUCCAGCUUAAUGAAGUACGCUUUUCCGCAUAUCGGACUGCUCUCAAACUCCGUUCCAUUCAGAAAAAGCUUUGUCUUGAUUUAGUUACUAUUAGCUCUUCUUCUGAAGCAUUCGACCUCCAUGGAUUGAGAGCACAAAACGACAAAAUUCUUGAUGUAGCUGAUAUGGUGUUAGUUCUCAGAGCUAUUUUUGGAAAUGCUGCUGCAUUAGAGCCGAAUGUUGUGGAUGUGCCGCUUUGUGUGGAUUUGGCUCUCAAUUGGUUGUUGAAUGUAUAUGACAGUCAGCGAACGGGCCAAUUGAGAGUUCUCAGUUUCAAAGUAGGAUUAACUCUUCUGUCGAAGGGUCAUCUAGAAGACAAGUAUCGUUAUCUCUUCCGUCUCAUAGCAGACCCCCAGCAAAAAGCUGAUCAAAGAAAACUAGGCCUGCUGCUCCAUGAUAUUCUUCAAGUGCCUCGACAACUUGGAGAAGUGGCCGCAUUCGGUGGCUCAAAUAUUGAACCUAGUGUGAGGAGUUGUUUAGGGGAAAGAGAAGAUUUGGAAGUAACUCAUUUUUUAGCUUGGUUGAAGCAAGAGCCACAGUCGCUGGUAUGGCUACCAGUCCUCCAUCGUUUGGCAGCGGCAGAGACGGCUAAGCAUCAAGCCAAGUGCAACUCUUGCAAGCAGUACCCUAUCGUUGGCCUGCGCUAUCGCUGUCUGAAAUGCUUCAACUUUGACAUGUGCCAGAACUGUUUCUUUUCGGGAAAGCUUACAAAGGGACACAAACUGACCCACCCGAUGCAUGAAUAUUGCGCCGCUACGUCCUCCAUAGAAGACAUGAGAGACUUCACGAAAGCACUUAAAAACAAAUUCAAGAGCAAACGGUAUUUCACUAAACAUCCAAGGGUGGGGUAUUUGCCGGUGAGAUCGGUGCUGGAAGGAGAUGAGUUGGAAAGUCCGGUGGCAUCUCCGCAACAUAACGAUAUGCAUUCUAGACUAGAAAUAUAUGCCAGUCGACUUGCGGAAGUAGAACUUCGAGCGGCUUCUCCUGAAGAUGAACAUCGUCUUAUUGCUGAUUACUGCCAAUCACUAGAUGGAGUUCCUGCUAGUCCAGGUCAGCUGAUGUUGGUUAUCGAUGAAGAACAAAGAGCCGAAUUACAAGAGAUGAUCAGAGAGUUGGAAAAUGAAAAUCAGGCGCUGCUGCAAGAAUAUGAACAGUUGCAGAGAGGCAGUGCCCCACAUCCUCAGCCUCAACCGCAGCAUGAUGUCUUAGCAGAAGCAAGGUUGUUGAGACAACACAAGGGUCGUUUGGAAGCACGCAUGCAAAUCCUAGAAGACCACAACAGACAGCUGGAAGCUCAACUUCAACGUCUUCGACAACUGUUGGAUGAACCUCCUACAUCCACUUUGCAGACUAGGAGCGUUACUGCUUCUCAACUCAAUCAAGAUAUACCUGGUAGAAUAAAUCAACCUCCUCCUCCAGCCGAUCAUCGUUAAAAGUAGCCCGAGUAGAAUUAAUUAUAUGAGAUAUUUGACUGACCCGCGCAGCGAAAUUAUUGGUCAUUUGACAAACGUAACUGAUAAGUUUGCUUUAAUCUAAUAGAAAUAUAUGUCCAGCGAUGAUGUAUACUAUGUAAGUCUGAUUAUGAAACAUUCUACUGCAUUGGAGGAGUAUUCACAGUUAAGAGAAUGAUACUAAAUUUAUAAAUGACAAUCGUGGAGCCAGAUUUGAUUCUCAGGUGGUAUUAUUAUUUUCCAUUUCACUUUUGAAAUGGUUUCGAUUGCAAUUGAUCUCGAUCAGCUAUACCUGCCCACAGAUAUAUUAUAUUUACCCCAAAUAUAUUAAUGAUAUUUGCCUAAGUAAUAAAAAUUUGUUGAAUUCCUGUGGUGAGUCAACUGUUCCCAGUAAAAGUUGUUGGAACUGUUUUUCUAGAAGCUUUUUGAAGUUGCCUCAAUAGAUUAGAAGACUGCUUGUACUUCCUCUGCUAGAGAAUUGUUCAAACUCCAUAUCAGAUUGUGGGGUCGGGAAAUUUGCAGUUUGUAUGAUAUAACAAGCUUGAAUAUGACCUUGACCUCAACAAUCCCAAAUGUCUCGAAAAAAGAUUUCGAAGCCAUUUUUUCACUACAGUCCGUAUUUGGUUGAUCGAUAAAUGGUGGUCUAGGUAAUUGUGGUGGCAUAUAAUCUAAAGAAUCCAUAUCAAUAUACACAUCAUGUUUGUUAUGUUUAGUAGCUAGUGAAGCCUAGAUAUUUAUUUUGUUAAUGUUGAUAUAAGUUGGCGACAUAUUGAUAAGCAUACAAUUAAAUAAUAUUAUUCAG